AUGACCUUUUCAUUUACCAAUUAUUUGGAGGAUGAUAAGAAUAUAUUUGCAUAUUACAGAGGGAGAGAUACUUUUACAAAUCACACAAAUUCUUUUGCAAAUCAUAUAGAAAAUACUUUUACAAAUUAUACAGAAAAUACUUUCACAACUAAUAUAGAAAAUUCUUUCAUAUAUAAUAUGGAGGAUUCUUUCACGCAUAAUAUGGAGGAUUCUUUCACACAUAAUAUGGAAAAUUCUUUCACAUAUAAUAUGGAAGAUUCUUUUACACAUAAUAUAGAAAAUUUAUUUAUGACUUAUACACUCAAAAGGGAUAUGUUCUCAAAUCAUAUGAACAAUAUGUUGAUGAUCGAUGUAAUGCAGAUAAAUACCCUAGCCAGCAGCAUUGGAGUGGAUAAAGGUAUUGGAGUAGAUAAAGACAUUGAAGUAGAUAACAGCAUUGGAGCGAAUAAAGUCAUUGAAGUAGAUAAUGGCAUUAGAGCAGAUAACGGCAUUGGAGCAGAUAAUGGCAUUGGAGCAGAUAAUGGCAUUGAAAUAAAUAACAGCAUUGAA